CGGCAACCACUCCGCGCCAUGCUGGCAAGAUUACAGUCUCGCACCACGACCACAACCUUAAAGACAGGCGCAUUCGCUUUCAAGGCUAUACAAAACGCUUCCGCAACCGCUUUUCGCACCUCUGGCCAGCUGCGUCUUGAUAGCUUUCUCGCCAUGGCCCGUACCUACGAUGGCGCGCUAGCACGACUUGCAUCGUUGCAGUCCAACAAGGCUAUCACGGCUUUGUUUGACCCUCCUGCGGCAUCCACGACAGAUAAUUCCAAACCCGUGGACCUCAAUGCGCUCGCCAUCCCUGAAAUGCUGGGAUGGCUUGAACGUGCUGGCCUCAGUGCUUCGGAUCUAGCCAGGCUAAGAUGCAUCCAUGUCGCUGGGACCAAAGGGAAAGGUUCUGUAUGUGCCUACCUCACAUCCAUCCUCACACAGCCCUCGGCUCGAUCUGUGGCUGGCCUUGUGGGCACGUAUACCUCUCCGCAUCUUGUCACAGUCCGUGAGAGGAUACAGCUCGAUGGACGGCCUAUCAGCCAGCAACUAUUUGCUAGGUAUUUUUUCGAGGUUUGGGACGCCUUCACGGCGUCAGCACGGUCAAAGGCCACGAGGGACAGCAUCAGUGUCUCUGAGGAGGACCUCGAGGGCCCUGGCACGAAGCCCUUCUUCUUCCGCUUCUUGACCAUCAUGGCAUUUCAUGCCUUCCUGCGGGAGGGCGUGAAGAGUGCUGUCAUAGAGUGCGGAAUCGGUGGCGAAUAUGAUUCCACCAAUAUUCUGCCCAUGGAAGCAGUGACCACAGCUGUUGUCACACAGCUUGGUAUCGAUCACGUCGGGAUGCUGGGCGGGACAUUGCCAGAAAUUGCGUGGCACAAGGCUGGCAUCUGCAAAAAAGACCGCGCCUGUUUCACCAGACGGCUCGCUGGCGGAGACGAACAGGAGAGAACCAUGCAGGUAUUGCGCGAACGAGCAAAAGCAGCACAAGCGCGGCUGUUGGAAGUCCCGGACGAAGAAGUGCAACAAUGGAGUGGCGUUAAUCGAAGCGAAGCGGCCAGCAGUCUUGCCGGCUCAUUUCAGAAGUACAACCAGGCCUUGGCAGUUGGUGCCGCUUUGGAGCACAUGGCUCUCCUCUCUUCUUCCGACCAGCGGCCAGACGAGGUAUCAAAAUGGCUCCAAGACGUUCCCGGUUUCUUCAAGGAUGGACUUUUGCAGGCUCAUCUCCGCGGCCGCUGCGAAACUCGCGAAGAUAAUGCCAUAACAUGGUUCAUCGACGGUGCUCAUACUGCAGAAAGCCUACAGGGAACUGCCAGGUGGUUUUCCAGCAGCAUUGGAUCAGUCAGCGGCGCACAGAGGAUACUUGUGUUCAACCAGCAGGACCGGGACGUGACGAAGCUGUUGCAGGAUUUGCUUGACGGCAUAGAGAACGAUUCGAGGGACACGCACUUUGAUUACGCGAUUUUCACCACGAAUGAGUUCGAGCGUGCCCAGACAGACCUCUCGCCAACUGAUACCUCUGUGCAACAUAUUGCAAUGACAAGCAUGAAGGUGCUCUCACCAGCAACUGAUUCCAGAGUUUCAAGAAGCGUUGAAGAAGCAAUUCGGGACGUCCGAGGACUGGCAAACACAGCCGAGAAGAAUGGCCAAAAGACUGUCGUGCUAGUGACGGGCAGCUUGCACCUUGUUAGUGCUUUUCUAAGGUGUAUUGAACCUGGGGAGGAUCCAUAGCUUCAGAAUCGAAAUACCAACUGCUGCAAGACUUGCCCGGCUUCUUGGUAACGACUGCUGAG